AUACGAAAUUCACACGAUGUUUGUGUGUGUGUAAGUGUGCAGUGAACACGCUCUCUGUCUCUGUAUAUGUUUCCCUCUCAUACAUAUUACAUUGUAAAUGUUGAUCGGUUUUGUUAAAAUGGAAUACAUACGACGGGUUUGCUAUUUGGAGUAGCGGUUCGGUGUAAGCGGCAAAGUGGUAACACAUUCGCAUCUGACCAUAAUGUCAAAAUACUAUCGUACUUUGACAGCUGCAAAGAAUUCAAACAAUUUCGGGCUGAAUAACGUAAAUUUUAUGAGGAAAGAAUUCGUCAAACAAUAAUCAAAAUGGAAAACACAAAAAUUCAAUUGAAAAAUAGCGAACAAAUUAAGGCGAAAUUUGCCGAAAUUACCACACCAUUCAUCAAUCAAAUGAGCGACAAAUUGGUGACCAGUUUGUAUGAUGUUUUGCAACCAACAGUCAAAACACAUAAAAUAAAAGCACCCAUCAUCAAUAAAUUCAAAGAUGAUAUGAUCAAUAAAUGGACUGAAAAGUUCGAUACAAUGUGGGAAACCAAACAUUUAGACGAACGAAUCACAGCAUUGAAUGAACUAAAGCAACAAUACGAACUGAACACACCGAACAACAAAGCAUGGCGUGCACAUGGUCAUACACCCGAACAACAGACACAGUUUAUCCGAAAUCGGCAAAUGUCCACAUUCAUAUGUUACAUGCAAGAUUUACUUGAAAAACAAUCAAAAGAAUUACAGGAAUUGAUUUUGAAAGUAGACGAGCGUCGGAAUUUCUUUAAUGAAGUGUCCAAGCGGCGUUCGAAAACAAUCGAAGAAAUUGAUUCAAAACUUGUUGAAUUACAAAAUGCCUAUACGACGGCUGGCGAAUAGAAUAUAAAAUCAAACCUGUAAAAAGCUUCACAUCAUAUCAUCCGUACGAUACUCAACAUCAUCUAAAUCAUAUAAAAUUGUAAAUUAAGAAGAAAUGUAUUCAACAGAUCAUUGUCGGAUGCAAUUUAAUAUUUGGUUUAUUUCAUAAAGAAUUUUAUAUCGUUAUAAUCAAUCGGCUUUUGUGUAUUCGUUUUAAAUUUUUUUUGAUAAAGUUAAAGAUUGAAUUAGAAUGAAAUGAUACAAUUCGAAUGAAUAGAGUGUUUUUUUUUUGUUUCUUCAAGUUAUGGGAAAUAGCUUGGCAAAAAAAAGCACAAAACGAUUGAGUUGAAUCCAUAGAUUCAUGUGUAUGAAACAAUUGGUUUUGUCUCCUUUCUUUCGUUUAAAUUAAUUAUUAUCAUUAAUAAAUAGAUGUAUGUGACAUGA